CCUCCCCUUUCCAGUUCUCGCUCUAGCUGGCUAUGGCUGUUGCCGAUGUGUUGUGUUGUGUUGUGUGUAAUCAGUGAGUGAGUCAGUCAAUCCUGCUCUGCUCAAAGGAGAUAACUAUAACUUUGUUUGGGAUAAAAUAAAGCAGCUAAGCUGAAUCGACAGACCUAGUUAUUGACAGAGACAAAAGAGAGAUACGGAUCCAUCCAUGGCGAUCGCGAUCCCCAGGCGGCAACUCUUCAUCGGCGGCGAAUGGCGAGAACCGCUCCACGGAAAACGCCUUCCGGUUAUCAAUCCCGCCACCGAACACAUCAUAGGAGACAUUCCAGCAGCUACUGCUGAAGAUGUACAUUUUGCAGCUGAAGCUGCUCGAAAAGCAUUUUUCAGCAACACAUGGUCCUCAACAACUGGUGCCUAUCGUGCAAAGUAUCUAAGGGCCAUUGCUGCAAAGAUUAUGGAGAGGAAAACACAACUUGCAAAACUUGAAGCAAUUGAUUGUGGGAAGCCAUUGGAGGAGGCAGCUUGGGAUAUGGACGACGUUGCUGGAUGUUUCGAAUAUUAUGCGGAUCUUGCUGAGAAGUUGGAUUCUGAGCAAAAGGCUCAUGUUUCCUUACCAAUGGAAACAUUCAAAUGUCAUGUUUUAAAGGAACCCAUCGGCGUAGUUGCUUUGAUAACACCAUGGAAUUACCCUAUGCUAAUGGCAACUUGGAAAGUAGCUCCUGCGCUCGCAGCCGGAUGUACAGCUAUACUUAAGCCAUCCGAAUUAGCAUCUCUAACGUGUUUGGAGUUGGCUGACGUGUGUCGGGAGGUUGGCCUUCCACCUGGCGUCCUCAACAUUUUGACUGGAUUGGGACACGAAGCCGGGGCUCCUUUGGCUUCUCAUCCUUUUGUUGACAAGAUAGCAUUCACUGGGAGCAAUGCUACCGGGCGCAAAAUCAUGACUUCUGCAGCCCAACAUGUGAAACCAGUCACACUAGAGCUUGGUGGAAAAAGCCCUAUCGUUGUGUUUGAAGAUGUCGAUCUUGAUAAAGCUGUUGAAUGGACACUCUUUGGCUGCUUUUGGACAAAUGGUCAGAUAUGCACCGCCACUUCUCGGCUCAUACUGCACGAAAGCAUCGCUGCGGCAUUCCUGAAGAAACUCGUCAAAUGGUGUGAGAACAUCAAAAUAUCUGACCCCUUUGAGGAAGGGUGCCGGCUUGGUCCUGUUAUCAGUAAGGAGCAGCAUGAAAAAGUGAUGACGUUCAUCUCAACAGCUAAGUCUGAAGGCGCCACAAUUCUGCACGGUGGUGCAAAGCCUCAGCAUUUAAAGAAAGGCUACUUUGUCCAACCAACUAUAAUCACAGACGUGAAAACAUCAAUGCAAAUCUGGAGAGAAGAAGUGUUUGGACCUGUUCUUUGUGUCAAAACAUUUUCAUCCGAAGACGAAGCCAUCCGACUAGCGAAUGAUACGCAAUAUGGUCUAGCUGCUGCUGUGUUGUCACAAAAUCUGGAGAGGUGCAACCGGUUGACCAAGGCAUUACAGACGGGCAUUGUUUGGGUAAACUGUUCGCAGCCCUGCUUCUGCCAAGCUCCUUGGGGAGGGAAAAAGCGUAGCGGUUUUGGGCGUGACCUUGGGCCAUGGGGACUUGAAAACUACUUGAACAUAAAGCAGGUGACACAGUACUUCUCCAACGAGCCGUGGGGUUGGUACAAGCCUCCUUCCAAGCUGUGAGCAUCUUAGUUGCCUGCAUCAGAUCACAGGUUUGUUAGAAUGUUACGAACUAUUCGACACUUGGGAUAAUGUGUAGUAGUUAUAGGCUUACAGCUAUGCCUGCUGUUGAGAUCUGUUGCAGAAACAUAUGUAGAAGAGAGUGAAUAUUCAACAAAACAGCUUCAAUAAUCAUGAAAGACUUCUUUCUUAAGGUCCCUUUGGGGCAGUGGAA